AGCCUCGGGAAGUAACUCGGCCCGUGAUUGGCCGCGUCGAGUCACGUGAACAUUUCCCAAGCGGAGUUUCCACGACAGCUGGAAGCCGAGCGGCACAGGCGCAUCGCUUCUUUGCUAAAAUUAUCGGGAAUAACACGACUUCUGCUCGUCUCAGCACCUCCAGAUAAACCCUGGUCUGGCAUGGGCGACAAGAGGAGUCCCACAAGGCCGAAGCGUCAACCGAAGCCCUCCUCCGACGAGGGGUUUUGGGACUGCAGCGUGUGCACGUACAAGAACACGGCAGAAGCUUUUAAGUGCAUGAUGUGUGAUGUCAGGAAGGGGACAUCAACAAGGAAGCCUCGUCCCGUCUCCCAGCUCGUCUCGCAGCAGCAGGUAACGCAGCAGUUUGUGUUGCCCUCGCAGCCCAAAAAGGAAAAGAAGGAGAGAGUAGAGAGGGAGAAGAGCGACAGAGAGCCGGCGCUCAAGAAGAACAGUCACAAGAAGAUGAGGCCCAGGUUAAAAAACAUCGACCGGAGCAGCGCCCAGCACCUGGAGGUGACGGUCGGGGACCUGACGGUCAUCAUAACAGACUUUAAGGAGAAGGCCAAGCCCUCGUCCACCUCGGCCACGUCGUCCAGCACCGCAUCCACGGCCGACCACCACAGCCAGAACGGCUCCAGCUCGGAAAACACAGAGAAGGGGCUCUCCCGUUCCUCCUCACCCCGAGGAGAGGGGAGCUCGGUCAAUGGGGAGUCCCACUGAGUCACGCCCCCUCUCUUCCUUCAAAAGAAAAACCUCCCUCGGCCUCCACCCAUAUCUCAUCUGCAAGUCCACAGGUCACUGGUGGAGCGUCCUGCCCCUCUACUUCACAGCAGCACAAUACUGACUAUAUUUUUUUUUUUUUUUGCUUGCUUUCUUUUGGAUAUUUCAAUAGGGAUUUGUCAGAGGUGCCAACACAUCAGAUUUGGCGAGUUUAAUCAGUUUAAAGAUUCUCCACAGCACUGGAAUCCUGCAUUUAGAAAGCAAUAUUUAAAAAACCUUUUGCUCAACCUUUUGAAGUUUUUAGUUAUUUACAUUUCCACUUGGACAUUUGGUGUAAAUCGAAAAAGGAUCCCACGCACUGUCCGAAGCUUCGCCAUAAGAAUAUUUACCAAGACUCUGACGAGGAACUUCUUCAGGGCUCACCUGAGACACGUCUGUGUAAAUGUUUGGACAAGCUUUAUGGUCCUGCACGGUUUCCUUCAGAUGCACCUGCCUGUCAAGGUUUCUUUGUUCAAAAAAUAUUUUUGUUAAAUUCGAAAUGUGCACCAUUCAUCUUCAGUGGCCGACAGUGACCUCUUCUUCCUCUAUGUGGAAUCUUUACCUACCUGUUAUAAACCUGAACCAUCUGUUACACACUCUCUGAACCUUCAACCUCACGGCGAACCUUAUGCUCCUGAUCUUGAUACUCCAAGCUUUUACUUCUGGACUGCCUUUGCUGUAGAGUGACUGUUUUUGACACAGCAUAGCAGCUGUACUGCUACUGGCACCAUUUGGUGUUUUUGCGUGAUGUUUGGAGCGGGUUGUUAAGUUCAGGUAAUGCUUGUUACGUCCGUAUAAAGCCGGGCCGGUAUUGAUUAAAGCCCUCUUUUACAUGGUGCAGGAAGGUAUACUAUAUGAUUUUAAAGGAUAAUACUGGUGUUUUUGUUUUUUGAUUUAAAUGUGUGCCAAUAAUUGAUGCUACCGCUCUCAGCCAUUCAUUUGUACAGUAUAUAAAACAACCACACACAUCUGCAUUAAGUGAUAUUUUUAUAUGACAUAAACAUGAAUCUAAUUUGAGAUGUUGAGCUUGUAGACAGUUAGCACCUCUGCAGCUAUAUACAGCUUUUAGCUCUUUGGUUUGGUUUUCUAACCCUCGAGUACAUCAUCCAUGUUCCGCAAUACAGUUGGAUUGGAUUUAGACGUAGGCGUUGUUAAACAACCUGGCCCGCGUGAAACGGCAGAAGACUGAAGUUAGCUAAAAGAAGGUCUUCUCCAGCUAUGAGCUAACUAGCCACUAGCCGAGUAGAGACCAAACCAGAGCUAAAAGUUGGGUGAAUAUUGGACUAAAACAGGUCAGAAGGCCGGAAACUUUAAUCCAAAGAGAUGCUUAUAUUGUUGUAUGUCUGCUAAAUGUAAGUAGGCAAUAAAUUUCUAACAAAUUAGCCGUAACAGCUAAAAAUCUGUCUCUCAGGGCUUUGUUUGUUUUGUUUUUUUUAAGUUAAAUUUGCAGUGUUGCUGUACCCUCUUGCUGUAAACAAACAAACAAAAAAAAAAUCACUUAAUGCAGCUUUAAUAAUUAUCCAAGCUGUUCUAAAUUAAACCCAAUCAUUCUUCAUCUGUCACAUUGUAAAUACAUGUUGUAGACAAAAAGCUGUUACCAAUCAUUGACCUCCUUCACGUUCAUCUACGCAAAUAUGGUUUCUUCAGCAAACGAAAAAAAUAUUUAAUCACCUUCCUGCUUUCAUUUUCUCAAGCAAGAGCUAAUUUCAAGCCAGGUUUAUGACAGUAAAGUUCAUUUCAGAGGCUGAUUGCACAAUGACUGAAAAAAGGGGCUGUAGCUGUCAACGACACCGGUAUUCUCCUUUUUAAUCUCUGCUGCACAACCCGGGCUGCGUGUGCUCGGCGUCAUGAUGGAAAAAACCAGAGGGGGUGCUCAUACUGUUGUGCCCCCCACAGCGGACCCAGUCUGGAUAUAGCACGGUGCUUGUACGACAAGAAAAAGGAAGAGCUCUGACAUCUGGACAUGCACAUCUGUAAGCUGUGUAGGUGAUGGCGUGCAGUGCGAUGGACUCGAAAGACUUGUUUGAAUUCCUCCAUUUUGAUGUAGCAAAGUGGAGGGAGCUUUAGGAUCUACUAAACUCCCAGCAGAACAACCAUAGGUCAGCAUAACUACACAAUAACUUAUAAAAACCUGUAGAAUACUACACAGAAAAAUGGAUAUUUCUAAAAUAUUGUACUACAAUGUUUUGAUGUGGUUGUAUUAUCCAUCAUACCAGUGUUAUUGUCGAGGUUUUUACUUUUCACAUUUUAGCACAGAAUCCUGAGAACUGUCAUGGCAUGAUAAUAUUAUGGUCUCGGUAUAUUGUGGGACAGGCUAUGUCUCUUAGUUUGUUAGCAUCGUUUCAUGUGUCAGAGACGUACCCUCAUAGGUUCACCACACUAGCUGGGACUAGGUGUGUGGACUGGUGGGAAAGUUAUUCGGACAGACAUUCGUUAUCUGGUUGUGGCAAAAACAGAAAGACACUUAAAAAUAUGUUUGUGUCACUUGUUGAUAUAUAUAUCUAUAUAUAUUUUUUUUCGUUCUGUUUUGCUUUGCCAUGCUCAAUUAUUUUAAAAUGUGUGAACUUGUUUAUUACAUGUCUGAAUAAGAAAAUAACAACAAAAAAUCAAACAAAGAAAUGUUUGACUUGCUUACACAAUUUCAGUUUGUGUUUUCACUGGUUUACAGAUUUUAGCUCCAUCUGGUGAACAGCUGGAUAACUGCUGGUGCUCUCCAACAGUGCAUGCAGGUUCAGAGUCGACUUAAAAUUAAGUCAGAGAUCUUAACAUAAAUAUAUAAUGCAUUAAAGCAGAUCUAAGGUAUUUUACACACAUUAAUCACUUACUAGAUCAGUCAAUAACCUAAUUUUCCCCCCCACACUAAAUGAAAAUGCAGUUGACGUUCAGGUCUGUUGUCUAGUGGAGCCACCUCAAUAAAGACUACUAGUCACUUAAA